AUCAGAAAACUCUAAGCAUGAGUGUCAAAGUAGUCAUCAGAGUGAGGCCCUUGAGCCAAAGAGAGAAAGAUAGAGGCUGCACAAGUUGUAUUGCAAUGGAUGGACCUUGCACUUUGAUCUAUGAUGUAGCCACACAAAGAACCUUUACCUUUACCUUUGACUACUCGUUCUGGUCAUCCAAUGGAUUUGAAGAAGAAGAUGAUGGCCUUCUUGUUCCAUCCGAAUCUUAUUAUGGCGACCAACAUAAAGUUUAUGACCAAAUCGGAGCUGACUUCUUUGAGGAUGCCUGGAGUGGAUAUCAUAGUUUCUUACUGGCUUAUGGCCAAACAGAUAGUGGGAAAAGUUACUCCCUGAUGGGAUAUGGGUCGAAUCAAGGGAUCAUCGCGAGAUUUGUCCUAGAAAUGUUUCAGAAAAUUGAUGAAACUACCACACAAGACAGAUGGUAUAAGGUUAGCAUGAUCAUGUUAGAAAUUUACAAAGAGCUUAUCCAAGAUUUAUUAGUCGACUAUAAAUCGGUCCCUGCUAGGGGUCUCAAAGUGAGGGAAUCUAAGAAGUUAGGAAUUUAUAUUCAGAAUUUAUCAAAGCACUCAGUUAUACGUUCUGAAGAUCUGUUCAAAUUUCUCGAAGAGGAAAACAACAAUAAGUGAAUAAUGGCAACUUAUAUGGGACAAUCUUCUUCCAGGAAACAAACAAUCAUUAUAUUUUCAUCAAAUCAGUUUGAGAUCAUUGAUGGGACUACAACUGAAACAUAUUCUGACACCAAAUUCGUUGAAAUGGCUGGUUCAGAGAGACCAAGAACGCCUAAUGCAACAGCGAAUUGGCUCAGGGAAUGAAGAAAUAUCAACCAAAUGUUUGGCUUUCCUUGGUCUUAUUAUUACAAUUCUUGCUGACAAGGCAAAUAUGAGAAGUACAAACUCAAUAGUACCUUGUAGAGAUUCUGUUCUCACCAGA